GAGCCGAGAACAUCACGGCCUCGGCUUUGAAGGAUCAUAUCGGUGAGCGAACGAAAGGAGAGGUCCUCUACUUCAAGAGGCUCUCAUUCGCCUCGAAUGGCAAGGCGCUUGACGACAGCGAUCAAGUGCCGCUGGCGCCAUCAGUCGUCCAGGUGAAGGGCCCGGGCUCGGUAGUCCAGAUGCUCGGGCUCUUCUGCGAAAAGGGCGGGCGCCCCAUGCAGCGCCCCAAGCCCAAGGCCCCUGCGCCGACCCCGGCACCCAGGCCCUCCGCGCAGGAGCGGCCGCUGCCAGCCGCACGCGGCUACCAGGACACGCGGCACUUCGAUUUCGGCGGUCGUGGCUCGCCCUUUGCGCAAAGCCUGCAAAGCGGCUUCCGCCAACAGGCCAACACCUUCGACACUUCGGGUCGGUGGCCUGCUGCUGGCGGCUGGGCCGGUCGAAAUCCACCGCCCUCCAGCCCACGCCAAGGUGCGUCGGGCUACAGCUACGAGCAGGAGGCGAUGAUGAAGGACUGGAUCAAUGGGAUGGCCCAGAACCAGCAGCUCUCCGAGGAGCAGGACUUCUCCAAGGCCCUCCUCGCCUCACAGGCCACCUUUGAGGCCGAUGAGGAGGCGCAGCUGCUGUGGGCCCUCGAGGAAUCUCGGCGCAUGGCAGAGGAAAUCGAGAAUGCGCGGAAUGUGGAUGGACAAAGUGCCGAGGAAAUCAAGAAGUUCUACAUGGAGGACCUGCAAGGUGGACAGCGCAAGUCCAAG